GUCAAGUAAAUGUCAAGUGAAACGUCAAAUAUCGCACAUGCAUUUUAUCACACAUGCAGGGAAGUUGUUAGUUUAUUUAGUAAAUAAAAGCGAUGUCUUCGAGCUCAGAAUCAAACAACGAGGAUGUUCCAAAUGAGGAAAGCAGCCACGACGAAGAAUCCGACGAUGAAAGAUUGAAAAUACGUGAGGAACUGAGCUCAAUGUCUUUCGAAAAUCUGAUCAAACUCAAGGAGAAACUUGGAUCCAAAGUGUACAAUGAGACUGUGUUCGGAGGCACGGAACGUGUCAAAAAAUCGGUAAAAAAGGAGUUUAAACGCGAAAAUAAAAAUCGUCCACGAGAAAUGACCUCCAAGCGACCAGUGCCCCUGCUCGGAAAUGAGAAAAUCAAAGCAAAGGCAUCGACUCGCACAGUUAGCGAUCCUCGGUUCGAUCCGAAUUGCGGAGAAUUCAAUGCGACAAAGUUCAGAGAGAAUUUUAGUUUUGUUGCCGAUAUUAAGGCCAAGGAAUUGAGCGAACUGAAGGCUCAACUCAAGGAGAGUACAGAUCCGAAGGAAGUGAAAAAAUUGAAAUAUUUAAUUCAGCGGAUGCAGAACCAAAAUUUGGAGGAAAAGAAACGAAAAGACCGAGAACAUCUGUUGGACGAGGAGAAACAGGAGAUUAAACGGGCGAAAACGGAAAUGAAAAUGCCACUCUACAGCAGUACCAAGGAACGAAAAGCUCGUCAGCUGGUCUCACAGUAUAUGGAAUUGAAAGAUUCUGGCAAACUGGACAAACACUUGGAAAAACGCCGCAAAAAGAAUUUGGCCAGAGACAGAAAGAAAGUCGAUUUCGAUUAAAGUUUCAUUUUA